UCUCUCCCGUACCAAGUUCCCGUCUUCCUCCUAAAACCACAAAUCAGAGAUUGAUUCAAUAUUAGGUUUUCUCUCUCUUGCGCGCUCGCUCCCUCCCGAUCUCCUCAAUGGAUUGUAGUCGCAGUCUCUGCGCGCUAAUCAUUUUACUAUUUCUCUGCCUUCAAUCUACGGCCGAUCUCACUGGCUCGGUUCUCUUCCUCGAUAGUCCGAAUCGUCAAUAUUUCCGGCCUCCUUUGUCAGAUCCUAUUACCGAGGGUAAUUCACUGUUACUCUCAGAAGUUGGUGCUGCUGUGUCAGUCUUGCUUGGUUUUGCACCACCUGCUACCCUUUCAGCUACUGGUUCAUCCAAGUUGAAUGAGAUUCUCAUGCCAAAUCCAUUUAAUAGGCCCCGUGCUGUGUUUUUGCUAGAUGUCAGAGGAGCUGAAGAUUCUCGAGUCAUGAUGCAGUCUGAUAAUACUUUGCUUGGUAGUGCCCAUAGGAGUGGGGUUAUCUCAGGACCAAGUAAAGCCGAUGUUCUACUUACCGAUGAAGAUGAAGUUUCUGUCAUUUCCUUGAAUGAACCAUUAAGUUCAGACACUGAUGUGGAGUUUACUGACAACGAACUCAGUGAUUUUGCAUCCUGGUUGGGUGGAACAUAUGUUGCUAAUGCCUUGGAGCCCGUCACUGGAGAGUUGACUAUCCCUUUGCCAAGUGGUGCUGAUAUAAAUCUUCAUUUGUCAAAGAAAGCUGACAGAGAGUUCAUUGGAAGUCUUGUGUUUCUCGUCCACAAUACUCGAAAAGCAGUGGAUGUACAUCAAGAUUUGUCUGAGAGUAAAAAAAAUCCAGCAGAGCUAAUUACAGGAAAUUUUGAUGGCAUUAAGGCUUUAAGAGAGACAUAUGGUACUGAAGGUAUUGCUGAACAAGGACUGGAAUUAUUCUUUAUUUCGAUGUCCAAGAUUUUUGACUCCUUGCAAACUUUGUACAAAGGACAAAUCGUGGGGGUCAUCUUAUUUAAUGGAUCACCUCUUCCAGAGUCAGAAACAGUUUUGAAUCUGGUAUAUUCUUCCCACCCAUCUGCACGUUCCCUGAAGGAAACAAAGGACUCUUCAACUUCAGCCAAUGAUCCAGAAGUAGUGUUGGUCAGACGAACCUUGGCUUGGUUAACAGGAAUCAUUCUUAUAAUUGCUACUCUCUUAGGGAUUCACUUUCUUCUGAACAUGCCACUCACAAAGGACACCCUCUUAUAUUCUAAUGUCAAGCUUGACUAAGAGCUCAGGGGGACAUACUACCGAGCUUUGUACUGCCGGGAGUAUCCAGUGGUGAUGCAUCUUUCUGGCCCCUCUCUAGUUGUGUGAAGGCUGACCUUGAUGACUAGUCUGCUGCCUUUGUAGGUGGUAUCAUGGCCUGGAUGAAGUGGGGAACACAUUUUUUGUAGACUUGAACAGCCUUUGUACGAAUCUUAUAAUAAAUUGCAUGGACUCGACAGUUGGGGCUACCUGGAUAAGGAGUCUGGAGCUCAGGUUAUUCUGUUCAAUGUAUAUUUGGUCACUUGAUGAUAUAGGGACUUCUGUUUUUGUUCCAUAUUUUUGUAUUCAACUUCACCUGUUUUCAUGAAUGGUGCUCAAUUACACAUGGAGUGCCUUGGCGCGGGCAACUUGAAUUCCCGCACUGCGCCUCCCAAUUACACAUGCCUGGUUUCUUCAGUA